UGGUUGAUUUGUGGACUCGGGAACCCAGGCGCGAAAUUCGCCGGCACGAGACACAACGUCGGUUUCGAGGUCGUGGACGCGCUCGCGCGACGCGCUGGGAUCGAGCUGACGUCGACGAAGCACCGCGCGGUGCUCGGGGUGGGGAAGCUUGGACGCAGCGCGGUGGUUCUGGCGAAGCCGCAGACUUUUAUGAACCUGAGCGGCAAGAGCGUGCGAGAGAUGAUGCGGGCGUUUAAGAUCGGUAAGUCGCGAAUCGUGAUCGUGUACGAUGAUUUAGAGACCAAGCUUGGAGAGUUGAGGAUGAAGACGAGCGGGAGUCAUGGUGGGCAUAACGGUGUGCGAAGCGUCAUCGACGACGCGACGCGCGGCGAUAGAUCUUUCGCGCGAGUUAAGAUUGGGAUUGGACGGCCUAAAGAUGAAAAUACGGCGGUGUACGAGUACGUGCUUUCGAGGUUCGAUGAGGACGACGCGGUCAAGGUGAAUGGCGCCGUGGAAGACGCCGUGGAGGCGUUGCAGGAGGUGUUGCUUGACAACAAGUUUGGUGACGCGAUGACGAGAUAUAACACG